AUUAGCUGAUUUUUUCCACUAGUUAAAUAUCUAUAUAAUGCUUGUUUGAACUAGUACGUGAAUGGACUAUUCCUGUUGCAUGCUCUAGAUUUUUGGAUAAUAUAUGGGAGAGAAUGUAAAACAGAAAGAGAAUUAUAAGUAAUGCUGAUUACUUCCACCUCAGUAUUUCUGCUAGGCAGAGUUUCUUUCAACCGCCGAUGUUUGCAUGACAUUGGGCAUACUCCAAACCCAUAUGAGCAGGCAUUAUCAAUUAUUGGAAGAACUCUAUCUGCUUUUGAUGAGGAUAAUCUUAUUCCUUGCUUUGGAUUCGGAGAUGCAUCCACACAUGAUCAGGAGGUAUUCAGUUUUUAUCCAGAGAACCGACCAUGUAAUGGCUUUGAGGAAGCACUACAAAGAUAUAAAGAAUUAGUUCCACAUCUUCGAUUAGCUGGACCAACAUCCUUUGCACCAAUAAUUGAAACAGCCAUCGGCAUUGUAGAUAAUAGUGGUGGCCAAUAUCAUGUUCUUCUUAUAAUAGCAAAUGGACAGUUGGUGAACUUUACAGAGAUCAUGUCUAGAAAUAUUGCCAACAGCAGAAAGGAGACAGAGUUCGCGCUUGCAUCAUUGAUGGAAAUCCCAUCACAAUAUAAAGCAAUAAUAGACCUUCAACUUUUGGGUAAACGAAGAGGAACACCAGAAAUGACUGCUCUCCCUCCACCAAUUAAAAGUAAUGGUUCAUCAUAUUCAAAUCCAAAAUACUCACACUCAAGCAGCUUGGAGCAAGGUGCUGGAGUUCAUAAAAGGGCGUCAGCCAUUCCAUCAGAGAGUUCUCUAGAAGAGAAACAAUGCAUGUACAUUUAAUUAUCUCAAGCCAGUUAAUGAAAUCUACAUUUCUUUCCAAAUUAGGCAUUUUGCCUAAAGGAAUCCAAAGCCUGGAGAGAUGCUAUCUAAGCAAAAUAUUCCUUUCAACAUCCAUGGUGCUCCUAUCAUUUUGCCUACUUCCUAUGAAGAUAUGGUUCAAAAAUACCAGGCCGCGUUGCAAUUGCUUGGAGCUUUCCUGCUUCAGUUUGUGUUGCUGCAAUCAGGGUGUUUCAUGCUUCAAACCACAAUGUUGUAGCUGGGGAUUCCCCUGCUCCAAACUACAAUGUUGUGGUUGGGGGUUUCCUUUCUCCAGACCAUGCUGUGUCCUUCCAAGCCUCUCCUGCCCUAAGUACUCCUGUGGCUGUAUCUUAUCCUGUCCAAGAUGUACAGAGGUACGCCUGUGCCCAAGAUGCACCAAACCUGGCUGUACUACCGGAUGUCUAUGUUAGGUUAGAUCAUGGCAUUGUAUUCCUUUUGUAUCAGUCUGGUUCUUUAGCAUGCCAUAUUAUUAUUCUAUUGGAAUUCUGAAUCAUAAUAUGUUCAAGAUUAAAAUUUUUGUCCA